GUUUCCGAAGAGCACGAGUCGAGAUUGCCCUUGAGCUUGGUCGGUGCUGCAUAAAGCAUCAUAAAUUCAAUCGGUGGAUCUCCAACGACCAAGCAAAAACAAACAAGCAAUCCACCAAUCUCGUGCUUCUUUUCAGAACGAUAACACAAUGAUGCUCCUACGCGCUGUAACCAAACUUUCUGUCUUUGCCUCUCUCCUUUCCGUUGCAUUCUCGUCGGGAUCCAGUGGGAGCAAGUCCGGAAUGGGUAUGAUGAUGAUGACAAGUGCCCCUUCGGUCAGUCCCAGUCCAAGCUUCAUGCCAACCUCCUCCUCGAGUCCAUCCUUUAGCCCAAGUGAAGCUCCAUCGGGUACUCCAACAGCCUCUUCAAUGCCCUCCUUUGUCCCUAGCGAGGCUCCAACGGGGUCACCCACAGAGUCGAGUAAGCCCUCGGGUUCCCCCAGUGAGUCUCCAUCUGCCACCCCAUCUGUAUCGCAUAAGCCUUCCUUCGAACCGAGCGAAUCCCCAACAAUGGCGCCAACAUACCCAUACUCGGUAUCUUGCGGAAAAGGAAAGAAAGGAAGCAAGAAGUCCUCCGGCAAGAGCAAAUCGGAAAAGAGCCACAGCCAGAAGAGUCGAAGCGGAAGUCGAUCUCGUCGGCUUGGAGGCAUGAUGAUGUCCGGCAAAGCAAAGGGCAUGAUGGGUGCGAUGGGUAUGGUGGGUAUGAAAGUCGAGUGUUUCGAGGGCUUCUUCCAUCACAACCACACUCUCAAUGGAACCCAUUUUGAGAACUACACCACCGACUAUGACAACUUUGAUUCCUAUUACCCCCCAUCCACGAAGAAUGGCCCCAAGGGUCAGAAUGACGCAACGGGCGACUACGACUUGCAAGAAAUCCUCGAGUGGCAUUUUGAUCAUGUUCAAGUUGAAGAUGCGGAAGAGAAGUACCAUCACAGCGGGGCGGUUCGAGCGAUCUCACUCGUCACGUCUUUGGUCCUCUUUGUUAUCGGCACUGUCACGGUUUCGAACUAGCGGGUAGCUCGUGGAGGGUGCACAAUUAAAAAUGGGUGUGAACCUUCGUUGCAGUGUCGCAGAGAUACGAAAACAUAAACUAAAAUACGAUGCUUGAAAGG